AUGCAAGUUGACAAGAUGCCCGCAAAGAUUUCAGAGCAAGGGAGCGAGGAAGAUGAUUCAAAGCGAUCUAAUAUUUCCAAUGGCUUGUGUAUAUCAUCAUCAAUGUGUGUUGUUCUAUUAGGUGAUAUGGAACAAGAGAGGUACUUUUUCAGUACUAAAGAAGCCAAGUAUCCAAAUGGGAACUGAUCUAACAGAGCUAGAAAAUCUGGUUAUUGGAAGGAAACUGGUUUGGACAAACAAAUCAUGAAUUCGAAGACUCGUGAAGUUGUUGGUAUGAAGAAAACUCUUGUUUUCUACAGAGGCAAACCACCUCAUGGUUCAAGAACUGAUUGGAUCAUGCAUGAAUAUCGCCUCACUUCCUCUCACUCCAACCCCUUGAAUGAAAAUUGGGUUAUGUGUCGCAUAUUUUUGAAGGGGAGAAGUGAGGUGAAGAGGAAGAACUCAACUUCAAGUUCAAAAGUGGUUGUUUUCUAUGAUUUCUUCGCAGAGAAGAAGAACAAUACUGAUGCAUCCUCCUCCUAA